AUGGGUAGGAACCCUGUCUACAAUCCCCACCACUAUGCGACACCUCAGCUCCUCUCAGGGCCUCCUGCUACUUACUCCGCAGCGCAGCGGCUCCUGAAAGGCUAUGACUAUGUCAUCGUUGGGGCUGGAGCAGCAGGCUCCGUCCUGGCCAGCAAGCUCUCUGAGGACAAGGAUGUCUCGGUCCUAGUCCUCGAGGCUGGCGGGGACAACAAUGCUGUCUUCGAGUCCAAAGUGCCCUUAUUAUUUGCCAAGCUCUUCCAUACUGAGCAUGAUUGGGAUUAUGACACCGUCGAACAACCUGGCCUAGCCUCUCGCCGCCUAUAUUGGCCGCGAGGUCGUCUGCUCGGAGGCUGUACCUCGCUCAACGCCAUGAUGUACCACCACUGCUCCAAGUCGGAUUUCGACGAAUGGGCCACGGUUCAUGGGUGUAAAGGAUGGGCUUAUGACGAUUUGGCACCGUAUUUCAGGCGCAUGGAGCGGUUCAUCCCCAACGCCGCGCGACCUCCUAUUGAUAUGCAGCACAGAGGGACGACUGGUGACUGGGAAGUCGGGUACUCCUGGCUAACCGAAAUGGGAGAAAAGGGGUUUCUGCCCGCCUGCAAGGAGGCCGGUAUACCCUCCAAUCCAGAUGUCAAUACGCCAAACGGAACACUGGGCGUGACACGGUUCCAGACGUUUAUCGACAGCAAAGGACAGCGGUCAUCCCUGGCGACAGCGUACCUGGGUCCUGAAGUCCGCAAGCGUCCCAACCUAACGAUUGCAUGCGGCGCACAUGUCACCAGGCUUCUGGUCGAUCGUCUAAGCUCCCAGGAACCGCUGGUGUUCGGGGUGGAGUUCCAAACCCGUCGUGGGGGCGAGUUCUUUCAGGUUCAUGCUCGCCGCGAAGUGAUCCUCUCUGCUGGGGCCGUCAACACCCCGCAGAUAUUGCUGUUAAGCGGCAUUGGGCCGAAGGACGAGCUUUCGAAACACGGGAUUCCCAUCCUACGUGAGAAUAGUGCUGUAGGGAGACACCUCAAAGACCACCUCUGUCCGACGCCAAUCAUCUGCAAGGCCAAGCCAGGCGCCACCCUGGAUUAUCUCGGUGAUACAAUCAAGGCGUUGCCUGCGUUGGCUCAAUGGAUGCUCUUCGGAAGCGGACCGCUGACCCAUAACGCUGGCGAGGCGGCAGCGUUUUUCCGGUCCUGGGAGCAUCAUCCCUUCCCUGGGUCUUCCAAACGAACGCCCCCCGAGAACCAUGCCUCCGGGGGUGUAGGCCCCGACCUGGAGCUGAUCGGCGCUCCCCUGUCCUUCGUGCACCACGGGGAGGAGCCUCCUGCUGAGGGAGGCGGUAUCUACACCCUCGUGCCCGUAGGUCUCCGUCCUCAGAGCACAGGAACCAUCACUCUGAAAAGCAGAGAUCCUUUUGACCAUCCUAUUAUCGAUCCAAAGUACCUAUCGGAUAAAGGGGACAAUGAUCGAGCUGUGCUUCUGGCCGGUCUCCGGGUCUGUCUCAAGAUCAUGCGAAGCCCCAGCUUCGAACAAUUUUUCGAGCCUGUCCCUGCAAAUGAUGAUCCGUGGUCCUAUUGGUGGCCGUACUCGAGUAGCGAUAUCGACACUAUUUCGGAUCAGCAGCUUCUCCGCUGGAUGGAGGAAAAGGCCUUCACACUGUACCAUCCGGUUGGAACCGCGCGAAUGGGCUCGUCGCCCUCUACCAGUGUCGUUGAUGAGCGAUGCCGCGUCCACGGUGUUCAAAAUUUGCGCGUGAUGGAUGCCAGUGUUUUCCCGGAUCAAAUUAGUGGACAUCCCACCGCGCCGAUUGGGGCCAUGGCCUUUAAAUUCAGCGAGAUGUUGCGGAAGGAGUAUGCGCAGUCGACUUAG